AUAUGUGCUAUUAAUAGGUGUCUGCUGGUUUGGCCAGAGGUGAAACAUUUGACGAUUGGAUACGCGAGAUGGUGGUUGGACCAAACUAUGUUGUGAAGUCAUAUCCGAGAUUUUGUACUCGAGGAUAUGCAUUCACAACUGAAAAGACGAAACGUUCGCGUACGACCUAUGAUGCUGGCGUUUGUUCUGCAUCGGGAGAUGAUGUAUACUACGGACACAUACAUGAGAUUUUGGAAAUCAAGUAUUUAGGCCUGCUUGGAUUGCGCUGUACUGUUUUCUAUUGUGAUUGGCACGACAUCACUCCAGAUCGAGGUGUGAGAACAGAUGCAUUUGGUGUUACAUCAGUUAAUUCGAGACGAAAGCUGCAAUAUUAUGAUCCUUUCAUUCUUGCUUCUCAGGCCGAUCAGGUUUGUUAUAUCAAGUACCCCCGGAUAAGAAACAGAGAUGAUCCAUGGGUUACUGUUACCAGACUCAACCCGAGAGGCCGAGUUCAGGGGAGUUCUGAGCUGGAAGACCCACUACAACCAAUCACAUCCAGUAACUUAAGUGCAGCAGAAGAUGUAGCAGGAGUUGGCCUUGUAGUAGAUUUCACCGACUUCACAGAGGAAGCCGUCGUUCAUGCACAGGAUGAACCAGUUAUUGGAGAGUUUCACCAAGAUCCAGAUUCAGAUUCAUCUGCUGAUGAUGAGUCGGAAUCAGAGUAGUUUUUUUUUUUUUUUUUUUUACUAAUUUCGAGGAAAUUUUGAGGGAAGCUAGGGUUUCCUCGAAAUUUCCUCGGAAUUACCCUUAACGGUUUAGGGGUUUGAU